AUGGCAACAGCUUCAACAGAUUCAGUCUUCUAUCUCAAGAUCCCCUUCACUGGUUCUCAUCAUGUCUUCCAACACCUCCAUCUCUGCCCCCACCGCCCUCACCUCUCUGCCAUCACGGCCUCAGCUCGAGGGGGCAUCGCCAUCUUAACGCUGGCCUUCAUCUUGGGCUUCCCCGGGAACCUCUUCGUGGUCUGGUCCGUGCUGUGCAAAGUGAAAAAGCGCUCGGUCACCUGCGUUCUGAUCCUGAACCUCGCCCUCGCUGAUGCUUUGGUUUUGCUCAGCGCCCCUUUGUUUCUCCGUUAUCUCGCUGGAGGUCGAGGAUGGGAGUUUGGGUCUGUGGCGUGUAAGCUGGUUCAUUAUCUAUGCAGCGUCAACAUGUACGUUUCCAUUUACCUGAUCUGUCUGAUGAGUUUGGACCGGUGGCUGGCUGUUUCGAGGCCUUUCUUGUCCCAGAGAAUGAGGACGAAGCGGGCUCUGCUGUUUCUCCUCAUGGGUGUGUGGAUCAUGGCCUUCAUAUUGUCCAUCCCCAUGCCAUUCUAUCGCAGUAACAUUAAACGUCGCAUCCUGAACAUGACCGUGAACCUGUGCAUACCUUAUCAUGGAGAGAACAUGAACCACAAGGUGUUCCAGUAUCUGUUUGAGACCGUGCUGAGCUGGCUCAUCCCCUUUUCUCUCAUCACUUCCUGUUACUCCUCGGUCAUCUGUCGCUUACAGUCGGCCAUGUUCCAGCGCAAAGGCCAGGGCAGCAGACUCAUCCUCUUCAUCGUUCUCGCCUUCACUGUCUUCUGGGUGCCCUACCACAUCGUCAACAUCAUCGAGGUGGCGGGCGUGUUACAGGGCAGCCAGACCGUGAUCAAAGCUGCCCUGACGGCUCGCCCGAACGUCACCGCCUUCGCCUUUUUCAGCAGCGCCGUGAACCCCAUCCUGUACGUGUUCGCCGGGGGCUCCCACAUCCGCCGGGCCGGACUCAGCUUCAUGGGAAAACUAUUCGAGGCCACAAACUCCGAGAGCCGCACCCACUCCACCUUCACUCGCAGCGGGCGGAGCAGCCGGAGCUCCACCCCCGACGAGAGCACCGUCUUGCAAUCGCUGUCAAUGAAACUGGGGCGGCCGUUCAAGGGGAAGAGCAAAGACAGGAGCGAGAGUGUGAGGGAGGACAGACAGAACCACGAGUCAGAGGUCAAAACACUGGCAACAGAACAGAUGGACUGAAGGUUUUAAGACCCAGUUUAUUCAUUUGUGCUUUUUGUUUUUUAAUUUUUUUUAAAGGACCCAUCUUACUUCAUUUUCUGAUCUUUGUUUUAAUGUAGUUUCCUCAUCACAAACAGACCUGGACUUGUGUUUUGUUUCAUUUACAGAUGGUUUAACACACAAACCCUGCAUAUUUAGGCUGUUAUUUUCUGAAACAAAAAACAACUCUGUUCCGCCAAGUUACAAGUCAGAUUUGUGGAGAGGCGGCCCUGCUCACAGUCAGAAUGUUUUUCUAGGUAUUCUUGAGCUAUAAAACCUUUACUAUUUGGAUCAUUUCUAACCUGGAAUUACCAAUUUCUACAGAACUAAAGGUAAAAAGUAGCUGUUAACUUGAAAACUACCACUACAUGACAUCACAAUGUAGAACUAUUAUGGAGCAUUAUGAGUAGGGGUGUAAUGAUAUCUAAGUCUCACAAAACAGUAUGAACCUCACGAUACGAUAUUUAUUUCGAUAUUGUCAAAAAACUCACGAUAUGGUGGGGAGGCUCACGAUUAGGGAUGUAACAAUAUCCAAAUCUCAUGGUACGAUAUUUUCACCAUAUACAUCUCACGGUACGAUAUUUAUUGCGAUAUUUUGUGGAGGCAAACAGCUAAAACUGUUAAUAUGAUAGUUUUUUUCUCUUAAAAUGCCUUAACAAGACUUAAUCCAAAGAACUAAGACUUAAAAGUGCUUAGAAGUGUUAUUUCUUCAUGUAGUCUACAACGAAAUGGAGCAAAGGGUCAUGGUCUAUGUAGUUCCCACUGUCUUUUUUUUAGCUACUGCUGCACCAUAUCUCUUAAUUUAAGCAAAGAGAUUUGUAAUUUAAUAUAUUGUGAGGGUCUUGAGAAUUUUGAGAAACGAUAUCACGAUAUUUCGGUUAUUGUUACAUCCCUAAUUAUGAGCUUUCGAGAUGUACAAGUAGGUAGACUAAGGUUACUCAAACAUGUGUGAAUGAAACAAAACACAACUCCAGGUCUGUUUUUGAUGAGGUACCAAUACAACAGCAUAAUUUAACGCUCACAAGAGUCAAUUUUGCGCACUAUAGGACAUGUAAACUACUUUGGAUAUCUUGAUAUUGCUUUCUGUAGCAUGAAUAUAUUUAAACAAUAGUACUUCAAAGACACCUAUAAAUAGAUAUUUUGGUAAUAAGCAAAAUACAACAUCUAUGUGUGCUAAUGUGGUUAAAUCAGACCUGGGAAUUUCACAGCGUUUUGGUAAUCAUUACUAUAGUGUAGUGGUUACAGUAGCCUAUGUUUAACAGAAACAGAUGUUUAUAAGCAUGUAAUUUAACUCUAUUUUUAUAUUUUAUCACAAAGAAAAGUUCACGGAGACUUGAAGUUUACUUAAAACUUACUUAAAGGGACAGUUCAAAAUGUUCAGGUUUCAAAGGUUUCAUUUCCUAGUGAGCCAGAGUACUGUAGAUAUGUGGAGACACUUUUUGAAAUAAUCCAUCCAGUCCUUGUAUAUGGAGAGGUUGUUGGUGCUAGGCUAGCGCAAGUCAAUGGCCAUAGUUAGCCUGCCACUCCACAGUGUACCCGAGCCAAAUCUGUUAUUACACCAGACUGUCCAUGUAAAUGUCUGUGUCAAUAGAAUAAUUUUAGAAGUAAAGCCAACCUUGUAUCACAUGAAUCAUUGCACGUUGAGGGACUAUUUUUUCAGCAGCAGCGGAAUUUUACUCUGCUCUAGUUAGUUGUGACGAUAUGAAUGUGGCCAUAACUGGACAUUUACAUCGACAGUCUGGUGUAAUAGCAGAUUUGCUUCAGGUGUUUUGUGGAGUGGGUAAGAGUGGGUUUUUAGUGGCAGGCUAACUAUGGCCAUUGACAUGCGCUAGCCUAGCAUCAGCAACCUCUCCAAAUACAAGGACUGGAUGGAUUAUUUCAAAAGGUGUCUUCACACAUCUACAGUACUCUGACUCACUAGGAAAUGAGGCCCUAUGUCCAAAAUUCCAAACUGUCUCUUUAAAACUUUAAGGUGUGUUUCUUUCUUAUAUGUAAAUAAGUUGUAGUAUAAUUUCAGUUUAUACAAUCAGCCACAUUUUUUCAUUUAUGUUUCUUCUUUAUUUCCAUGAUUAUUUCCAUUGUAGAUUUGCACUAAAACAUCAAAACUAUUGUGAAAGAAUUUCUGUGUUAUUUUAAAUAUUAUGAAUCAUUUAAAAUCAUAAUCAUUUGUGUGUGUGAUUAAAGUCAUCAACAAUUGCGUUUUUGGGUUUUUCCAUAUGUAUAUCAUAUGUCCUAGUACAAGAACUCUUGACUCAUUAAGCCAAUCUACUGAGUCACCCAUGAGAAGACAGCUAAGGGUUUUUCCCCUCAUGUGGUUAGCAUACGUUUUUGGGAGAAAACUGGCCAAAUUGUUUAUCACCUGGAGCCUGUAAUCAAGUGUGAAAUGGGAGGGCAGUUUAGACUAAAAGAUUGUUAGUAUGUGAUCAUGUAAACACUGUGUGAUAUGAUGUCAUGUAUUGUACCUUAUCUGUGUCAUGAUUUUGAAUAAAUGGGUGUUCGGAGAGUUGUGGGGCAGAGUAGGUCAGGGAGCUGACAGACAGUGUUCACGACUCUCCUUGCGCAAGUAUAAAUUGUAA